AUGUUAAGUACAAGAAGUUCAGAUAUCAUUCGGAAAGACAGAAUUAGUAACUCGAUCAGAUGGAAAUAUGAAAACGUUACCGGUGACCGCACCCGAAAAAAUGAUCUUUACUGUACGGAAGAAGAACAAAACUCAAUGCUCCAAAAGCGUACGAAUCUCAUGAAACUGGUAUCAUUCGAAGACACGUCGAAUUUUGAAUUCAAAGUUUAA